AUGUUACCAACAUACAUUGAACAACAACAACAACAACAACAACAACAACAACAACAACAACAACAACAACAACAAUAUUACAACAACAACAACAAAUAUAUGUCAAUGAAUAACAAUAGUUCUAAUACUAUGCAACCUAUGACCAGACCAUUCAACAACAACACCAACACUACAUACUCCUCAUCAGUCAAUGGAAGGAACAAUACAUUUGGAUCAUCAUCAUCACCAUCACAAUCAGUCGACAGGAAAAUAACAAUUGAUUCAAUACCCCUGACUCCAAUCAGACCAAUACCUCCAUCACCAAACGUAUUCGAUUCCACUCCAAACUACAAGACACCUGCUCAGCACAACACCUCACUGCAGCAACCUCACAUACCUGGCCAAGUCAUACUAGAGGAGCUACUGUCUGAUGAUGAUGAACAGAACAACAGUGUUAUUCAUCAACAGCAGCAGCAAUCAUUCUCCACACCACAUCAUUCCUCAUCUCAAUCAUAUGUUGGCGACUCUCCAUUGACACCAUCGUCCUACAACAGACAGAGUGGUUCCAACAAGACACCACGACGUUGGCGACUGGUCCCUGCUCACUGCACUUGUUUAAUUCACAACAUUGACAAUGGUGAUAGCAUAUGCCAAAAGUGCAACAAUGUAGUUACAUCAACUACCUCAACUACACCUGUAGUCCCAAACAACAACAACAGCAGCAGCCACCUCAACAACUCAACCACAAACAGAAGUGGUGUAAACACUACAUCCUACAUUCCAAGCUCAGCCUCCAAACCUCCCAUUCCACCAAGUCCUAUACCAUCAUCUGUACCAAGAAGACAGGACUCUUACGAUCGCCUUUUCCAAUCACCAUCUCGUACACCAAAUCAAAACAACAACAGUUACAUUCACGAGACCAGCCCCUCAAAACGACCAGACUACAAUGUCUACUCUAGUGGAAACUAUGAGCGUGAGUUGAGGAUGCUCAAGACCGAGGUACAGGACCUUGAAGAGGACUUUGCCGCAUCGGCCAACAACAACAAUCUCAGGACAUCUUUCAUCAUGAACAAUAGUACUGCUGCAGGCAUCUUCAUGGCAAAGGACUACGACGAAAUCAAUCGAUCCAAAGAGAAGGUGGCCCAGGAGAUCAUUGGUACACAGGAGAUAGUCUCUGAUCACAUCAACAAACUCAAGAACAGGUUGAGGCAAACGGAGCAGGCACUAGAGGCAGCAGAGACCCGCUAUGAGAAUAGCGAAGGUCAGAGUAGAGAGUUGCACAAGACCAACCAGGAACUUAGAGACUUACUAAGACAGACAUCAUUCGAGAGUCAGGAACUCAGAAGGGAACAGGAUGGUGAAUCACAGAGGCUGGAUCUCGAGAACAAUGAACUGCGCAACAUGCUCUCGGCACAGAAACGACAACUACAGGCCAAGAGCGUGGAUGACACUGUCAUUGCUGGACUCGUAGACGAGAUCACACAACUCUCUGAGGCCAUCAAUGAUAAGCUUCAAGAGACCUCAAUCAAGGACGAAGAGAUACGUGAGAAGAAUGAUGAGCUGCUGUUGCUCAAUGAGAAGAUCGCCAACAUGAAGAAUGAUGCCACCAAUCAGGCCAAGAUGCAACUUUUGCUGGAAGAGUUGGUUGCACUGAGACAGAGAGAGUCACAGGUCAAUCAGGUAGCCAACGCCAAGGUCGAGGAGCAGCGAUAUCAUCGCACGGCAGCAGAGAACAAUUGGCGUCAAUCAGAGGCAAAGUUACAGAGGAUGAGCAUUGAGUACAAUCAUGCAAUGCGCAAUCUGGAGGACAUUACCAAGAGGGAGCAGACAGCAAUGGCAGAGCUCACUGUGCACAAGGAGGAGAGAAAGGGCAAGGUGUUACUACCAAAGGUCGAGCUAGAUCAAAUUACAGAUACUCUGGAGCGUCUCACUGAGAGUCAGAAUAAGGCUCAGGAUGAGGCCGUCCAACUCCGCAAUCAGCUAGCAGAAAAGGAGGUCAAAGUGGAGGAGUUGAUGAAGAUGAUCGAUGUGUUGAUGGCAGAGAAUGAUGACAUGAAGGAGCGAAUAUCAAAGGUACACGUUGUCAUUCAUGAUGCACCAAUGAUCCCACUUGCCGAAUCACAAAUUGCAGCGCUCACUCCCAGUAGACUGAGAAGAACAACCUUUGAAUCUCUGUACCAAAGCAUGAGCUCAUCAACCACUCGUCCACAGAUGUCUAUAUCUAUCAAUCAGUCAACCUACACUCCACCAUCAUCUACAACGACAACAUCAACAAACCACUCUGGAUCAUACAAGAUGACAAUGCCAGACUCUGAUCUUCAAAACAGUAGCAGCAGCAACAGCAAUCAUCAAAAUGUUAGCAAGAUUGUCAAAUGGGAUCAGAUGGUAUCCUCACUCAAGGAGAGGCAACUCAAACAGCAACAGGACAGAGACACUCAGAGAGCCAGUCAACGCGACGACAAUGAUGGCACUGUUGAUGGAUACUUGUUUGGUGAACAAAAUGGCAGAAGUUUAUUGUCUGGUGAUACUAUCUUUGGAACAUUGAAAGAUGAAGAACAAAAUGUUGAUAGCCAUCCACCAGUGGAUCAAGAACAGAAUGAACUUUUGGUUAGUGAAUUGGAGAAUGGAGGAUCAGGACUGGACCUGGUUGAUGGUGACGAUGAUGAUGAAGACAUUGAAUUCCCAGAGGAUGACAAUCUGUUCGAGCCAACUGAUGAGGAGCAAGAGCAGGAGGAGGAGGAGGAAGAGGAGGAUCAGAAUCAGUUCACAGAUGGAGGUCCAAUGUCAAAGGUCAUCGAUCAGACUGGUGCAAUGUUGGAUGAGUUGGACAUUGAGGAUACCACUGACCAACAUGUAUCAUUUGGUUCAUCAUCGAUCGAUAGGAGACUGGACCAAUUGGCAAACAGCCACGAACUGUCAGACAGUACAAAGGCAAUUGCAAGUCAGAUAAAGAAGGUGGACAACAAAGGCAACUACAACAUUGGAAAGCAACACAAGGUCAACAUUGGUCUUAGGUCUGGAGAGUUGGUUGUUCGUGUAGGAGGUGGAUAUGAGAUGUUGAUGGAGUACUUGGAGAGACAGAAGAAGGACUUGGUAUGGUACAGAGAUGGAAAGUUGAUAGACAAUAAGGAUAAGGAUAGGGAGAUGGUCAGUGUCCAGAAGCAACUACUAAACAGCAAGAGUACUGCCGAUGGACCACAGAUCACACUUGUGAAGAAUGGCAAUCAUAGUAGACUGUUUAUUCAAUCACCAAAGUAG